CAGCACCCCGAGCUGAGACCAAGAUGAUGUCGGCUCUGCUCCGCUCCGCCGCGCGCCGCCCGACGGCCACGCUGGUGUCCCGCACCACUCAGCAGCAGCAGCGCUCGCUGUGGGCGAAGGUGCCCGAGGGCCAGGAUGCGGACCGCGUGGCCAGCCGCAUGCAGACGAUCCUGGCGGGCGACGGCACGCUCAAGACGCUGGCGCUCAAGCGCUUCCACGAGAAGAAGUGGCAGAAGCGCAAGCGCAAAGCCGAGGAGCAGAACAUCCGCCGCGCCAACCGCCGCGUCGGAUCCAUGAUCGACUUCAUCCUGCGCCGCAAGAAAUCGGGCCACUAAGCUGGAGCAAGGAGAGCUGCGUCUGCCUACUACUACCCAGAGACUAGAGAGAAGAGGAGAUACAGAGCCCGACUUGUUGAAUAGUGAGCGCCGCUAGUGGCGAGGAGAGAUGAUCGUGGAAAUCGAGU